AAAUUUCCUUUACUCCAUGUUGAAAAAGAAUGCAUAGAUAAAUUACUACCGACAAUUAUGUGAAACGCUAUUUGUGUUGGUGGAGUCAAUCAUGUUUAUUGCAUUGCACCGUUCACUUGUAUUAAUACAACCCCGUCGGAGAACCAAGUUGGUUCGUCACUCUUUAUCUGUUUAUAAUCAUAUGGUUCAAGUUUGUUCUUGUGUGACUGCGACUGGAAAACUUGGAAAAGUUAGACAACACGUCAAUCCUUUGGCACCUUAUUUUCAACAACCACUAACUAUACAUCGUGGCUGGAAUAAACAAGUCUAUCGGGAUAGUACUAAACCUUUGCUCAUAGAUCUGGGUUCGGGAAAGGGAUGGUUUUGUCUCCGUUAUGCAGAGACUUAUCCAGAUUGGAACGUACUUGGGCUAGAAAUAAGGGAAGCUUUGGUACAACGAGCUUUGACGUGGAUUCAACAACGGCAGUUGACCAACUUGUACUAUAUGUUUUGUAAUAUCAACGUCUCAUUGGCACAAAUAUUGGAGAACAUUGUCGACUGCAAGGUGUUAAGAGUAUCUAUACAGUUUCCUGAUCCUCACUUCAAAAGACGUCACCAUAAACGCCGUUUGGUGACGGACGAGUUGGUACAAACUCUGUUUCAUUAUCUACCUAAUGAAAGUGAAGUACUAAUCCAAACAGAUGUCGAGGAAACCUAUUUUAGUGCUAUCGAGAAAUUUCAAAACAACCAAAAGGGAGAUGGCUUGUAGAACCCGAGGCCAACCAAUCUAUUGCGCU